UUUUUGAAAAAGGCGUUAUUAUUAUAUCAUUAUCUUCUUCUUCAAGAUCUCACAGAACAACCGACCCCAACAACAAUGGCCGAUUCAGAUCACACUCAGUUCGACAACAACGACAACGAUGAUUUCGAAGUUCCUCUCACUCAAACUCAAUCACCAAUUCUCAAACCUCUCUCACAAUCCAAUAAUCAAAAUCAACGACCAUCCAAGAAACCCAAAACCAACAAAACGACAUCGUUCCCUGGCAAAGAGAACAUUCCCCCUUUCGAAGGUUACGAUAUCGGUAACAGCAGCUUGGAUUUCGUUCCUUCCACGUUAGACUCUGAUUCCACCGUCUUCUCUUCUCCUGUUUCGGAGCUGAAAAAGAGUAACAAACGCGAUUAUUUCAGUAAUUCAUUAGAGUCUAGGUUAGUUGCGUCCAGAAAAAAUGCUUUUGAUUUGGAGGUGAAUUUGUGCGAUGAGUUUGGUAGUUCUGUCGAUUGUCCUCUAUGCGGUGUUGAUAUAUCUAAUUUAACUGAGGAACAGCGAAAUCUUCAUACUAAUGAUUGUCUUGAUAAAUCUGGAGAAGAUGUUGCGCCUCCAAAUGAUGAUGUGGGAGCUCAAUUUGGGCCGAAAAACUCCCCUGUCGUCGAAUGGAUACGUGGUCUUGGGUUAGCUAAGUACGAAGAAGUUUUUGUUAGGGAAGAAGUUGAUUGGGAUACCUUGCAAUGGCUGACAGAAGAGGAUCUCUUAAACAUGGGUAUAACUGCACUUGGUCCCAGAAAAAAGAUUGUACAUGCUCUUUCAGAACUUAGAAGAGGAAUCACCUUAGGAACCACCUCUUCAAGUUCAAGCGAGAAACAUGAGGAUGCCGAGGUUGAGCCUAGAAGGACUAGAAACCAGAAAAGCAAAAUGCAACACGACAAAUCUGAGCGAAAAGUUGAUGGAACUGUCAAGCCAGUAGCAAACAAAUUAAUUACUGAAUAUUUUCCGGGAUUUGCUACCAGUGGGAAGAAAGUUUCUGCCCCUCCUGUAGAACGAAAUGAAACGAACACCAGUGGCUCGUCUGAUCGAAAGCGCAAAGCAAAAAAUAUUUCAACAAGUACAAAGAUUCGCGACAUUCCUAAAUGGUGUGCCAUACAAGGAACACCUUUCCGAGUGGAUGCUUUCAAAUACCUAAGAGGAGAUUGUUCCCACUGGUUUCUCACACACUUCCACAUGGACCAUUAUCAAGGUCUCACCAAGUCAUUCAAUCAUGGAAAGAUCUAUUGCUCCUCUGUUACAGCCAGACUAGUAAAUAUGAACAUAGGAAUUCCAUAUGAUAAACUACAUAUUUUGCCUCUAAACCAAAAGGUUGAAAUAGCUGGUAUUGGUGUGACUUGUUUGGAUGCCAACCAUUGUCCAGGUUCCAUAAUUAUACUCUUUGAACCUCCAAAUGGUAAGGCAGUACUUCAUACGGGUGAUUUUCGUUACAGUGAAGAAAUGGCAAACAAUCCUUUACUGCAGACCUGUCCUAUUCACACUUUAAUUCUUGACACCACAUACUGCAACCCACAGUAUGACUUUCCAAAACAAGAGGCUGUAAUACAAUUUGUUAUUGAUGCCAUUCAAGCAGAAGCUUUUAAUCCCCGGACUCUUUUUCUGAUUGGCAGCUAUACAAUUGGAAAAGAAAGACUAUUCUUGGAGGUUGCUCGUUCGCUUCACCAAAAAGUGUAUGUGACAGCAGCAAAGUUACGCCUUUUAAAAUGUUUGGAGUUUACAGAGGAGGAUAUGCAGUGGUUUACUUCAAAUGAGCAUGAAAGCAAUAUUCAUGUUGCCCCUAUGUGGACACUUGCAAGCUUCAAAAGAUUGAAGCACAUAUCAAGUCAAUAUGCGAGUCGGUUCAGCCUUAUAGUUGCUUUCUCUCCUACUGGUUGGACAUUUGGCAAAGGUAAAAAGAAGUCUCCCGGAAGAAGGUGGCAGCAGGGUACCAUUAUAAGGUAUGAGGUUCCUUACAGUGAGCAUUGCAGCUUUACAGAACUCAAAGAGUUUGUAAAUUUUGUAUCUCCCGAUAACAUUAUACCAAGUGUGAAUAAUGAUGGACCAGAAUCUGCCGAUGCAAUGGUUUCUCUCAUGUCAACCUGAUUUGUGCACCAAAAGGGGUUCAGUCUACCCUUGUGACAUGUGUGAUGAACAUUAAGUAAAGGUGUAAUGACUUUACAAUACCUUUUACAUUGAAGGACACAUUUUGACAUACCGAUCAAGGCAAUUUUUGGAAAGAAAAAGAGAAUCUGCUUACUUUUGUUUGUUUCAGCAUAUUUGAGAAUCAAGAAGUUGAUUGAUCAAAUUUCAUACUAGAGUCUACAAUGUAAUGUUUGUGCAAUAUGAACAUCCGCAACUUAUAUGCCAAUCACUGUUCAGAGGCGUGUUUGCUGCUCUUCAAAAGAGAUUAAAACGUGAAAAGAGAAAAAAUAUGUAUUUUAGCAGAAGAGCUCAUACUGCUGAUUUUCAUGCAUAAGUGUCAAGGUUUUUGUCAACUGUAACAAAAAAUCUGAAGUGAUUACUGUUUACAACAUAAUAAGUUUGUAUUGUAAGUGUUUACAUCCCCUUACCAGAUGCUCUUCCAGCAAAACAAUGGAGCUUGUGAAAGUUUUGGCUGCACUGCAUCCUGCAGUUUUACUACUUGGCUUCAAUAGAGUCGUUAUUGUUUGAGAUCAUGGACAUUUGGUUGCUGAUAAUUAUGAUUAGUUAUUUAAACAACCUUUGUAGUCUGUAAUAUUCUUAAAUGUAACGCUGCUCUUGCACUUUAAAUUCGCAGCCUCUUAGAUUCUUCUGCAAGUGACCAGAUAAUACUGGAAUACAACUA